AUAAGAAACAAUAACACGAAAAUCAUACAGAUAUUAUUUUCUUCGAACACGAACGAUAUUCCGAUUUGAAUGUUUCAAUACAACUUUCAAUCAAGUGCAGCUGUGUCGCGUUUCUUGCUGUGCAGAUUACCUAUUAAAUAAGAAAAUAAUUACUACAUUAUGGUGCACGAUGUUAUUUUACUUCAAGUACCGCUUCCAAAACUCGAAGAAUUACAGAAGACGAUUUUUUCUAGUGAAGUCCUCGAAUUUAUUGCAGCCCUACAUCGUAAUUUUGACGAAAAAAUAGAAUUGUUGUAUGAGAAUAGAAAACGACGAGCUGUGGAAAUAAAAAAUGAUCCUUUUAUUGAUUUCAAAAAUUCUCCCGAACGAAGAGACAAAAGCUGGAAAAUAGCGCCUUUGCCUAUUAGAUUGCAAAACAGACAUUUAGAUCUUGGUGAUGUGUCAGCUUCAAAUACGGCUCAUUUCGUAGUAGCUCUCAAUGAGGAUGUUCAAGGGAUCCAAGUAGAUUUUGAUGACGGUCACUGCCCAACAUGGAGGAAUCAGCUUCUCGCUUUCAACAACAUAAAUUUGGCUGUGAGCGGUAAACUACAAGGUGCACCGUUGACGAUAACUACCUGCCCCGUAUUGAUGUUUAGACCCCGCGCGUGGAACAUGAUUGAACACAACAUACUUGUCGACGGUAAGGAAGCUAUUGGUCCAUUAGUUGACUUCGCUGUCCUCAUGUACCACAACGCACGGAAGCUUUACGAGGCGAACAGCGGUCCAUAUUUCUACUUGUCCAAAUUAGAAAGCGCGUCUGAAGCUCAACUAUGGAACGAGAUCUUCGUUUGGGCCCAGAAAGAGUUAAAAUUGCCCCAAGGAACCAUAAAAGCUUGUGUACUGAUAGAAAAUAUAUUUUCGGUGUUCGAACUGGAUGAGAUAUUGUAUGCUCUGAGGGACCAUUCUCUGGGAUUGAACUGUGGUAUAUGGGAUUACUGCGCGUCCAUCAUUGCCAAGUUUGGUAGCCGCAGCGAGUAUCAGUUGCCGGACCGGAGCAAAUACGUGAAUAUCGACCGUCACUUCUUGAUCUCUUACUUGAGAUUAGUCGUCAGCACUUGUCAUGCUAGAGGAGCACACGCAACCGGAGGAAUGGCCGCGUCUAUUUUGAAACCUGGCUCCGAUGGGACUGAUGAUGAAUCCAAGGCAAUCAUAAGUGAGAUAUUGGAAAUGAAACUGAAGGAAAUAGACUGCGGCGUCGACGGUUUCAUGGUGUACGACGCGCGUACUGUCCCGCAUGUCAACGAGCUAUGGAAGAAAAACGGUACAAUGCCAAAUCAAAUUCAUCGCAAAUUCGACUGUAAUGUUACACCACACGAUUUACUUUCCAUACCGUCCGGCGGCGUCACUAUGGAAGGCUUACAAAACAACAUUGCUAUAUCGAUCCUGUUCGUGUAUUACUGGCUGGCCGGAGUCGGGCAUUUCUUCUACAACGGCAAAAUCGAAGAUUCUGCGACCGCAGAGAUAUCCAGAUAUCAGAUAUGGCAAUGGAUUCGAUUUUCGGCCGCGUUGGAGGGCGCGUCUGGAGAGCGCGUGACGUCACGGCUGGUGGAGGACCGGGCGUCCGAGUUCGUGGGGCGCGCGCACCGGCGGCUGUGUCGCUCCGGCGCCGAGCGCAAGCGGCUCACGGCGGCGCGCUACAUGAGCCUCGAGCUGGUGCUGUCCCGGGACCCGCCAGAGUUCAUCACGAGCUACCUCAACGACAACCACAAGUUCAGAACUCUGCACAAUAAGGCCCUGCUAAGCAGUUUGUGAAGCUAGACGACUUUGGAGCCGUAACGUCGGAUUUGUUUAUUGAAAAAUUCUCUGACUGUACGAUUAUUGUGAUUUUUCUUUAUUCUUGGAGCCUCUAUUUUUAAACAAUUAUUAUUGAUUCAAUUAUUCAAAGAAAUAUGGAACUGAAACGGAUGUACCUAUAAAUAUUGAUGAAUACGAUAGAAUUAAGCUCCCCUCCACGGUGUUACUUAACGGCUUGGCUCUGCCCCUGACAUUGCUGAAGUCCAUGGGCGACGGUAACCACUCACCAUCAGGUGGGCCGUAUGCUCGUCUGUCUACAAGGGCAAUAAAAAAAAGGAAUUAAACUUACAGUUUGGAAUGUUUAAAUCAUCCACAUACGACAUUAUGCCUUUAAUGACCAUCUGUUCAAUUAUGUACCCAUGUAUGUAUUACCUUCAUUGAUUUUUUUUAUUACGUAAGUGAAUGUGUUAUUCAUUGAAAUCAUUUAACAUUCUAAGUUGGUAAGGGUGGUAGGCAACUAAAUUAUUAACAAAGUAUUAUAUAGGGAUAUUUUGUUUUUUUUUUUUUUAAUUUCCUCUUUGUAAAAGAAAUUCAAUAAUUUGAUUUUAAAAUGUUUUGGUUGUAUUAGCUGUGCCGUCUAUCUUGUAGCUUUAUUUAUUUUAAAUUUUACUAA